AUGCAAUUGCCCCCGCCCGCCGUCCGAUCCGAUAAUCUCGGACUGGGUGCCUCCAAUUGCGCCUCGUUUGUCCCAAUUGCCAGAAGUCAAGUCCCCCAAAUCACAAGACCCACAAAUUGUCGAUUCUCGAGCUCAGCUGCGCUGGCGCUCUGCCGCUAACGCUGACGCUGGCUCUCCUCUGCCGACGCCGCCGUCGCUGCCGCCAGUCGGAACUUAAAAUCAAAAUAAAAAAAAAAAAAAUAUAUACAUAUAUCAAAGUCGAAGAUCAGCAAAUCAGUUGGAAAAAUCGUCGCAGCUUUAAAAACGUUUACUUUCUCGGAAACGACGCGCUUCAGUGCCGAUCGCCGAUCAACGGAACGGAUACGAUACGGUUUGUACUGGACUAAGUUGAGAGCCCUGGACUACAGCCAUGAAGUUCGCCGAGCACCUGUCGGCGCACAUAACGCCCGAGUGGCGCAAACAGUACAUCAACUAUGAGGAAAUGAAGGCCAUGUUGUAUUUGGCCGUGGAGGAGGCCCCAUCGGUGGAGAGUGUCGAGGAUGAUGUGCUGAAGCGUCAUUUUGCCAACUUUGAUGAGAAUUUCUUUCACUACUGCGACAAGGAGCUAAAGAAAAUCAAUACAUUCUAUUCGGAAAAGCUGGCGGAGGCAACACGAAAGUUUGCCACCUUAAAUGCGGAGCUAAAGACCUCCAUUGAGGAGUCGGAGCGCAGUGCCAAAAAGUCCAAGAGCCAGAAACGUCAUGCCGCUCUGCCGGAUCGUAAAGCCCGCGAGCUAAAGUUGGCCUUCAGCGAGUUCUAUCUGAGUUUGAUUCUCCUGCAGAACUACCAGAAUCUGAAUCACACGGGCUUUAGGAAAAUUCUAAAAAAGCAUGACAAGCUUUUACGCGUGGAUAGCGGCGCCAAGUGGCGGCAGGAGUAUGUUGAGGCUUCGCACUUCUUCACCAACAAGGACAUUGAUAACAUCAUUAACGAAACGGAGACCACGGUCACUGGUGAACUGGAGGGCGGCGAUCGGCAAAGGGCCAUGAAACGCUUAAGAGUACCGCCGCUGGGCGAACAGCAAAGUCCUUGGACCACCUUCAAGGUGGGUCUCUUCUCCGGCAGCUUUAUAGUGCUUGGCAUUGUGGUCGUACUGUCGGCAAUCUUUCACGAGAUUAGCGGCGAGAAUUUGAAGGUCACUUUCCGUCUGUACCGCGGUCCCCUGCUCAUCAUCGAAUUCAUAUUUCUCAUCGGCGUGAAUAUCUACGGCUGGCGUUCGUCCGGCGUGAAUCACGUUCUUAUCUUUGAGCUCGAUCCGCGUAAUCAUUUAUCGGAGCAACAUCUCAUGGAGCUGGCUGCCAUCUUUGGCGUUGUAUGGACGCUCAGCAUGCUGAGCUUUCUGUAUAGCGCCAGCCUGGCCAUACCGGCGUUCAUCAAUCCGCUGACGCUCACGUUGAUCAUGGUGCUCUUCCUGGCCAAUCCCUUUCAUGUUCUCCAUCACGACGCCCGCUUUUGGCUAUGGCGGAUCACGGGUCGCUGCCUCUCCGCCCCGUUCUUCCACGUGGGCUUUGCCGAUUUCUGGCUGGGCGAUCAGUUGAAUUCGCUGGCCACCGCCAUACUGGACUUUGAGUAUCUCAUCUGCUUCUACUUUACGAAUGGCAACUGGACGGAGGCCAGGGAUGCGUCCAUCUGCAUGGAGAAGGACUUUAUCAUAAGGCCGAUUGUUAAUUGUUUGCCCGCUUGGUUUCGAUUUGCGCAAUGCCUGCGGCGAUAUCGCGAUUCAAGGGAGGCCUUCCCCCACUUGGUCAACGCCGGCAAAUAUUCUACCACAUUUCUCGUUGUGAUCUUUGCCACCCUCAAGAGUUUCCACAGUCCGAACUAUGCCAGCACAUUUGACAAUCCGUACACAUGGCUGUGGAUCAUCGCCUCGAUUGUUUCCUCCUGCUAUGCCUACACAUGGGACAUCAAAAUGGAUUGGGGUCUGUUUGAUAAGAAUGCUGGAGAGAAUACGUUCCUGCGUGAGGAAGUCGUCUACUCAUCGACGGGCUUUUAUUACUUUGCCAUUGUGGAGGAUCUGGCGCUUCGCUUCAUUUGGGUGCUUUCCUUCUACCUCACCGAGAUGAAGAUCGUUAGCGGUGACAUUAUGACCUCCAUUACUGGCAUCUUGGAAGUGUUUCGUCGCUUUGUUUGGAACUUUUUCCGCUUGGAGAACGAGCAUCUGAACAAUUGCGGUAAGUUCCGUGCCGUGCGCGAUAUCUCCAUAGCGCCGCUGGACUCCUCCGAUCAGGCGCUCAUCCUGCGCAUGAUGGACGAGGGCGAUGGCGUAAUCAAUCGCUACACUAAGACGAACCGGCCCAAGCCCAAGAAGGUCAAGGAUCCGGAGAAGCGAAGUCUGUUGCAGCCGCGCGGCUCGCUGCCCGAUCUUCGGAUUGAUAUGGAUAGUAAAAAGUUGUAGGCGAGUAUAGGGCUUCCUAAAUGAACGAUUUUGCGGUUAAUAAUUCUAUGUAAACCAAGUUUUUUUUUUCUUGUUUAAUUUCUCUAUAUAUAUAUACUUUUUUUUUUUUUGUUUUAGCUAAUUUGUAUAUUUAGUGACUAAGUACUUAAAGUUGAAGGGAGUGAGAGUGAGAGAGAGAGCAAUAAUUAGUGCCUAAGAUUUCGAACUAAUGUAGCAUUCCAUUUAUAUGCCUCUAAACCUAUGUCUAUAACGAAACCCAAAACCAUUAACUGCAUAUAAUACCAAUAUACCCUAACCCUAAGCCACAUUCCCACUUAACCAAAACCGCUAAAAUUAGAGCCAGUGUUUGGAGCUGAGAGAGAACGGCAGUAUUAGUACUUAGAAAAGGCGAACAAACCAUCCAAAAGCCAGCAACCACAUUCCUUUAUCUCUAUUUAGUUAGAAAAAUUCAAACUGAGACCGAAAACGGAAAACCCUAAGGAAUUGUACAUAUAGACUACAUUUGUAUAUUGUUGUUGUGCCUCCUGUGUGUGAUUUGCGUAUGUGUAUGUGUGUGUGUGUGUGCAAGAGAAUCCAAAACUGAGACUUAAGUUGUAAGUUCUGGGCUUGCCUUGAAUAUUACAAGAACUCAAAACAGACUUGAAACGUGCAACGUUGUAUAUACAAAAAAAAAUACACUAUAUCUCUAUAUAUAUACCUAUGAUUCAGUUAUACAAACGUUUAGAUUUUGGAAAUUUAUUCUAUAUUGGAAAUGUUGGCAGAAACAAGAACGGAAAUAUCAUUUUCGGAAGGUUUUCGAUGGUCUAAACUUGUAUUUCGACUUAUAAAAAUUGCUAUAAGUCAGGUUUUUGAGAUAUUCUGUGGACUUGUUACGAUUUAAGGACUCAUUCUUGCGGCUAUAUUAAUCUGAGAACUUGUCAAUUAUUUUUGCCAUAAUAUAGCUCGGGUUUUUUUGAGCGCCUUAGACUUGCUUUUGAUACAACAAAAUAUUAAUAAUAAUAAUAAUAAUAAUUGUAUAAAAAACGUAAGCACAAUAUGGGAACUACUACUUAACAAAAGGUUGGUGUUUUUGCUGAAAUUGUUGGAGUUUUAGCACCUAAAAGCAGGCAACGAUUUAACAAGGAAUUUCAGAGUCACACUCACUGCUCUCCGGAUAUCUCCUAGUAGAUCUUAAGCUAUAUAUCCUAGACCAAACACACACACCCGUACACCUGCACACACCCACUGUAAUUGUAAUUAAAAACCGAAAUAAAGACGCCUUGGAAGUA